AUGGACUUUCUCGACGGCCUUCUCCUUGUUCCUCCGGACCGAAACCACAUUCUCUCCAAGGCGCAAUGGAAGGAAGAUGUGGAACCCGCCUACCAGUGGCCCACGAGCUGCGUCCUCGAGUGUCAAGUCCAAAUGCUUUCCUAUCGUAAGCAAGGGCCUAUCCUGCCCACACUUGUUGUUACCAUAUCCGACAAGGAACGAAAGCGCCGCUCCAGUCGAUCCGUGGGGUUAAUAUCGAGUAAAGAAGCUGGCACCAACACUCUGUGGUUCCGCACGCUGCCAGACGAUCACAACACCAGCCUUCAUGAUUGGGCUCAGUUUAUCUUGGCCAAGAAGAAUCCCGUGGUAACCGACGGAAACACUACGCCGAUAUUUUCGAGCCCUUUCAGCCCCCGAAGCCGCGAGGCCCCGGAGUACUUCACCAGGCCGGACAGCGGAAAUCAAAAUCAAGCGAGCGGCAGUCGCCCAGAUAAUCGGCCUCUCCAGCACAAGAGCUCCAGCGCUACGUAUUCAACGGGGACUCGCGAGCGGCCCGCCACCUUCAGCUCUGACUCGCCGAGCCUGCGGUCCAAGCGCAGUGACAUCUCUUCGCCAUCUAGCAUCAGUCAGCACCCUAUCCAGAAGGCAUUUGGGGUUCCUAGCCAAAUCUAUACCGGCCCGAUGCAUGGCGACGCGGGGUUGCCUGCAAUCAGAGACUCGACUUAUCAGGGAGAGUUGAUUGAGGGAUGGACGGCGGCUCAAGGACGUUCCUCUACCCUCAGUUCGCCUACGCGUGGUAGUGAGGCAUUAGGUUCGCCAAUGGAGGCGCCCCUGGGCUUUGACGUCCACGCGCCGCCUGCCCCAGGAGAGACGAUCCUCGAUAGAGCAUUCCAGCUUGGCCAUAUUCCAUGGGCCGAAACGAAUGUCCCUGGUCAGGAGACGUUCAGCUCCAUUGCCCGCUUCGAUGCUCUCAUGCACGAAGUAGAGGGCAAGCGCAAAAAGAGAGAAGCCAAUCAGCGCGCGGAGCGGGCAGCUGUGCGUAAUACGUAUAAUCCCGAGGUCGCGCCUCUCGACUUUGAGGAGGAUCUCGAUUCUGAUGACAACGCACACUCUGCGGAUGAACAAGACCAUGGCUAUGAUAGAAGCCCAAUCAUUUCCCCCUCAGCUCAAAGAGCGCUAGCCUUCAUUGCAGAUCGACACGGAGAUGCACCCAGGGAACAUGGCUCACGACGUCCUACCAUCUCUAGGGCUCAUUUGAGCUACCAUGCCGGUACGGCGGCGGCGCCACUACCACCGACUUCUCAAUCCCCCCCUUCACGACCGCAUACGGCCCACGCCAAGAGCCGCCUCAAUCCGACGCAGAGAACCCAGAGCACGCCUCACUUGAACCCAGUUUCUGCCGGCAGAGGAGUCGAGGAUGGUGCGUCGCGAAACGCGGACCCAGACAAUCGCCGAUCAGGCUCUAGUUCC